AUGCUGAAUUGGGAAGAUCGGGAUGGAUUUCGAGAUUAUUAUUUUUUAAUUUUUACUUUCUUUCAUAAUGUGUCUACGUUUUAUUUUUUUUUUUUUUUUUUGUCAUCACUUUUCUAUUAUAUUCUCUUCUUAAAAAUUCUUUAUGGUGAUUUUUACUUUCUGUUUCAUGAUAUAGCUCUUUCUUUUUAUUUUCGAUUUUCUUUGUUCUGUCUACCAGAAUCAAUUUCGUUUCUUUCUUUUUCAUUUUUUUUUUUUUUGGCUUUCUCCUUUAUUCUUUUUCUUUCGUUAACUGCGUUUUUAUUCCUAUACGCUUUACUCAUGUGUUUAAAUGCUUUUUCUUCGUCUUUUUGUGUAACAAUUCAUUUGCCGUUUUUCUUAUUUGUUGAUAUUUUAUUUUUACCUUGUGAUAAUUACUUACAAAUAAGCCUUCCUUCAUUUUUCUAUGACUUUAGUUUUUCUUCACAUUUUCUUUACCCUUUUUAUCAUUUACGUUCAUUUUACAUUUAUUCGAAUGGCUUGGUUUUAUUAUUUCUUCCUUUUAUUAUAUUAUUCUUUUUAAUAAUUCCCUAUCGUUGCAUUUCGUCUUUUUACAAAUAUUUUUUUCUUCAUAACAUGAAAUGUUUUUUACAAUUCCUUUUCCUUAACAUAUCAUGUGCUUCUUUUACAAUUCACUUUCUUUUUCCUUAUGUAAUAAAUUCUUUUUACAAUUUAUUUUCUUUUCCCUUGCCAUGA